UGUAAGCAAAAGUUUUAAUUUUUAUGAGGCUAUUUCAUAUCUCACUUGUUUUGCUACAUUGUCCUAAAAAAACCCCAUUUUUUCUGUGUUUGAGUUUACAUUAAAGAGUGAUUUUUGCAUUCUUAGGAGUUGUAUAUAUUUACUCGUACACAACAACAACUAACCCAUCUCAACCCUUUUUUCCUUACGAUUUUGUGCAUGCAAUCUUUUGUGUUUGGGUCACAAAAUCAAUUGAUUGAUGGGGCCAGUAAGAGGGUCAAAGAAGAAAAGAAAGAGAGAUUUUUCAGAGAAUGAAGAGUCUGGAGAUUGGUGGGUUGAGUUUUCUAAGGGAAUUAAUGGUCUUCUUUCUCCUUCAAAAGGAUUGGAUAAGUUUGAGUUGGUCUUUAAGAUUUCAAGGAAAACAUUCAACUAUAUAUGCUCACUUGUAAAGGAAGAUAUGUCAGUUAAACUAGGCCACUUUUCCUUCUCAAAUGGCAAGCCUUUGUCUUUAGAUGACCAAGUAGCAGUUGGUCUCAGAAGACUUAGCUCUGGAGAGUCCCUUAUAUCAGGAGAAUUGGGUUUGCAUCACUCAACAGUCUCACAGGUUACCUGGCGUUUUGUGGAGUCUAUGGAGAAGAGAGGACUUCACCACCUUCGGUGGCCUUCCUCUGAUGAAGAAAUGACAAAAAUAAAGACAAAGUUUGAGAAAAUCCGAGGAUUCCCGAACUGCUGUGGAGCGAUUGAUACUACCCAUAUCACAAUGUGUUUGCCUUUGGCAGAUCCUGCUAACAAAGUAUGGUUUGAUCACGAGAAGAACCACAGCAUGCUGUUGCAGGCAAUCGUGGAUCCCGAUAUGAGACUUCGAGAUAUAGUCACGGGCUGGCCUGGGAAAUUGAGUGAUUCCCUAGUGCUUAAAACUUCAAAUUUCUUUAAAGUAUGUGAGAAAGGGAACAGGUUAAAUGGUAAACCUGUAUUUCUUUCUGAAGGAUCGGAAAUCAGGGAAUACAUAGUCGGAGACUCAGGUUUUCCUUUGCUACCGUGGUUAGUCACACCUUACAAAGGCAAAGGUCUUUCAGAGAUUCAGACCGACUUCAAUAAGAGACAUUUUGCAACACGAUUGGUAGCACGGAGGGCAUUGGCUAGAUUGAAGGAGAUGUGGAGGAUUAUACAUGGAACUAUGUGGAGACCUGAUAAGCAUAGGUUACCACGAAUCAUACUUGUUUGUUGUCUUCUUCACAACAUUGCUAUUGACAUGGAAGAUGAUGUGCAGGAUGAGGUCCCAUUAUCGCACAGCCAUGAUGAGAACUAUCGAACACAAACUUGUGAAUCUGUCGACUUGACUGCUUCUGACAUAAGAGAGAAACUGUCUCUCUACUUGUCUGGAAGAUUGCCGCAAUAAACCAACUGAAAUCUAAUAGCUUGUUUUACUACAUUGCAGUUUAGUUUCUGUAGAAUAGUUUUUAUACUGUUUUUUCAACAUUCUAUUCCAGAUUGUAAAUAAGACUCUUGGAUGCUAGAUUGUUGCAGACUGAUAACUGGGGCCAUCGUGCGCCACGCCAGGAAGAAUCCCAUAUGAGUUUCUUCCAUAAUGGCUAAUCUACAUUGGCUUCUUUGAACAAUUUUGAUGUUUAAAUGUGAGAGACAAAUUUACAGUAGUA